UCGAACCGCCCACGUCGACACGACGUCUGAAGCCCAAGCCCUAACCGAAUAAACCCUGCGGCCGCCGCCGCCGCCGCCGCCGCCCGUUCGCCGCAGCUCGCACCUCUUUCCGCACGGCCAACCCCGGAUCCCCGGCGCGACGCGACGCGGCGGCCACUGCCAUGAUGAAGAAAAGAGCAGCAGCGAACAAACCGGCGGGCAGCGGCGAGCUGUCCCGCUUCCUGCAGUCGCACAUCCAGACCAUCAACGAUACCUUCCAGAUCAUGGCGGAGGCGGCUCCGGGGGGCUUGGAGCGGACGGAGUGGUCCCAGGUCGUCAAGCUCGGCGAGCAAGUCUCCCGGCAGGCUACCGUUGCUGGAAUGGUCUGGAGCGGUGAUUUGCCUGAUGUAGAAACGCUGAAGGAGAACAUCGUCGCAUAUUUCAACAUCCUGCAGGGUUUCCUCUUGGGUUGCCAUGGCAGCACAGUUGGCGCAGGACCCACACUUCACAAAUCCAUCUGUAGUUCUGCAAAGAGUGUUGUUGACUCCAGCUUCUCAUUGUUCAAUCAAGCUGUUUCUGCUUUUGAAUCUCGCAGUCCUGACCGGAAAACAAUUAUACCUCAAGUGACUGGAACUGUAUGGGAAGCUUGUCUUGCUCUCAACAAGGUACCGACAAACAACUGUGUUGCCAUAGGACGAGCCAUGACUCAGAUAGGUGUGUAUCUGAAGGAUGUUCUCCGGGAGAUGAAAGAACUACCGGUUGGUGAUUCUGGUGAUAGCACUGCUGAAAAAUCCUCCAAUGGAGCCGUGGAGACCACGAGUUGUUCUGAUAGAGAUGAAUUGUCAAGUGAUCUUGAGUUGGAUGAGGACUUCACUGAAGAGGAGAUUGCCGUUGCCAAAAUGAUUGUCACUGUGGCGUCCGACGCUCUUGUUGUGGUGAAAGAAACGAUUCGUUUCAUUACUUGUUUGCUUAAGAGCUCAGGUAACCGAAGCGGGGCUAAUGAGGAAAAAGUUGAGACAAUGGAAAAGCUGCGGAGCUGUUGCAGGGAUGCAGCAGACCAGAUUAACGAUCUUGGGGCAUCUGUAUACCCACCACAAGACUUAUCUCAGAUGAAUUCCUCAGUGAAAAGAUUGUAUGAUGGCACUAGUGCGAUGCGAAGGGAAAUUAGUAAUCUUAAUGGCUCACCUGAGAGCGCCUAUUUAGCUCUUGAAAGAUUCGAGAAGUCCCUGGGAGCUCUAGAGGUGGAGAUAGAUGGUGAUGUAGUAAAUGAGAUGGAAAAUCUUACUAUUAGCUCGUCCUGAUUGCUGGAAAUUUAAGGAUUAGCCAUGCCCGUAACUAUGUGAUAGUCUGUCUAAUCAUUAGUAGAGCUACUAUAGAGCUUUUGUUGCUCAAUUAAACGAGACAUGUAUAAUCCUUUCCAGUGUAACAGAUCGAAUGCUUAUUGCAUAGCCUGCUUUGCGGCAUAUCCUUUUUGCAUCUGGGUGAAGGCAAUGUCUUUGUCAAGUGCCAUAAGACUGACGACAUUUUACUCCAUUUAUUCUGUUUUCGCUCCA